GAAAUAAAACAGUUAGGGUUAGCUAAUAUUAGAAAGUAGCAUAGGAAAGCGUAAUCGUUAGUGUAUAAAAACAGAAAACGUUGAUUUCAAGCAUUUUAUUUUAUAAUAUGGCAACUUAUAUGUCUCAGCCUUUUCAACCAGGUGUAGCCUCCGUACCAACAACUAAAGUCGAACUUAGUAUUUCAUGCAGAAACUUGCAAGAUAAAGACAUCUUUUCAAAGUCUGACCCAAUGUGUGUUCUCUUUGUAAAAGAAUCAGAUGGAGAAAAGUACCAUGAGUUUGGAAGAACAGAAAUGAUCAAGAAUACCUUGAAUCCCGACUUUGUUAAAAAAUUUGUCAUUGAUUAUCGAUUUGAGGAAAUUCAGAAGCUCAAGUUUGAAAUCUAUGACAUCGACACUACCAGUCCCAGAUUACAGACACAUGACUUCUUAGGUAAGAUGGAAUGCACUUUAGGAGAAAUAGUGUCUUGUCAAGGAACCCAGUUUCGAAGAAAUCUUCAGGGAACAAGGUACCAUCCAUCCUACAUAAUAGUGGUAUCUGAAGAAGUGGGAUCCUGUAAGGAAUUAGCAAUCAUGCAGUUCUUGGCUAUUCAUCUUGACAAAAAAGAUUUUUUUGGAAAGUCUGAUCCAUUUCUGUGUUUUUACAGGUGUAAUGAAGAUAACAGUUACUCAGUUGUUCAUAAAACAGAGGUUAUCAAGUGCACACUAAACCCUACAUGGAAACCCUUCACCAUACCUGUUAGAAGGUUGUGUAAUGGUGAUUAUGAUAGAUCUAUUAAAGUAGAAUGCUAUGAUUGGGACAGUGAUGGAAGUCAUCUAAUUAUGAGCCUAGAACCCCCUGCACCAUUUUUGCGACUAGUACAUUAA